GCCAACUAUGGCCACCGCACCUUCAUCAUCAUCGCCGUCAUCACCGUCAUCACCUGCCACCUCACCUUCAUCAUCAUCACCGUCAUUGCCUGUCAUCGCACCUUCAUCAACAUCACCGUCAUCGGCAGUCAGAGCCGUAAUCGCCUUUCAUCACCGUAAUCGCCUGUCAUCGCCGUCGUCGCCUUCCACCGCACCUUCAUCAUCAUCACCGUCAUUUCCUGUCAUCGGACCUUCAUCAUCAUCAUCGCCGUCGUCGCCUUCCACCGCACCUUCAUCAUCAUCACCGUCAUUGCCUGUCAUCGGACCUUCAUCAUCAUCAUCACCGUCGUCGCCUGCCACCGCACCUUCAUCAUCAUCGUCAUUGCCUGUCAUCGCAUCUUCAUCGACAUCACCGUCAUCGCCUGUCACCGCUGGCACCAACACCACUCCACCACCUUCUUCUUCGGUAGUUCCCGAUGCUGUCUCCGCCGUUCAAUUCCUCAAUCUCUGUCACGUGCUCAAGGGAAGAAAGGGAACAACAAGAUGGCUGAGAAGUGACGUUGAGAAUCCAGAAUCUAUAGCUGCUCAUACAUAUGGAAAGAGUUUAAUGGCACUGAUUGCACCAGAUGUUCCUGGUCUUGACCGAAACAAGUGCAUCAGAAUGGCUAUUAUUCACGACAUUGCAGAAGGUAUGCUGUUUUACUCUGCAAAUAAUGUUAGUUUAGAUGAAGUCAGUCGGGGGAGUAAUAAUUGUAAAUCAAUGAAAUCUGGAAGAAACCAACUGAAUACUAGGGCUAGUUUAAAAUUAAUAUAG